CGUUGACGUUGCGAAAAUGAAAGUAGGUAAGUUCAAACAUGGACCAUGGCCAUGUUGAUGACCGCUUGUCCGAAUUAUUAAUUGAACAGGAUAACAAAGCUAAGUUACCGACCAUCAGUGAAAUUUCCAGAAUUCAACAUGGUGUUGAGCAAGUCCUGAAAACUGCUCUCGAUAUAGUACAGAAAAAUGAUUCCAGACUGACGGGAACAUUAUUGCCGGUGGGUAGUUACUAUUCCGACUUAAAAAUAGGUCUCCCUGAUGAAUUCGACUUUCUUUACGAGCUUCAAACUUUUGAGGAGGACGUAGAUUUCAUUGUCCGGCCAUCAGGAUUUAGGGGUAGCAGAGACCUUUGGAGAACACCAUCCGGAAAUCCAGCGAAAAGAAAAAUUCAAAUAGUGAGUAAUCUCAAGUCGUGCCAUAUUAUAAAGGAAGAUCGAGAGGAAAGCUGGGUGCAUCGUAUUUAUAAGAACAGAAAUGGACACGAUGAGACAUGAUUAUGAUGAAGAGCAUCGGAACUUGGUUUCGUCAUAUCUUAUCAAAAAUGUGGUUUUUCAACUAUGUGGAUAUGCCACCAGUUCUGAGUGGAGCAAGGCCUCUUUAUCCACUCUCUAUUUCCUUACUCUUGCUACUCUGUAUAGAGGUAUAUCUUUGGGAAAUUGUAGAAACUUUUUCAUCUCCAAGCAGAAAUUAAGUGUACCGGAGCAUGGUGACAUUCUGCCUGGAUUUUUCAGGAUUUUUAAUGAAAUGGAUGAACAUUUCAAUGCUCUGCAUUCAGUUCAUGUGCCAUUGAAUUGGGAGGAACUGUAUGCAAAUCCAUUUAACCCAAGAAUAGCAAGGACUUUUUAUGGCAGUGUACGUGAUAUUGUGGAAAGAAGUUACCAUUAUUUAUGGAACGAGGACAAUGGACUUUCACCGCUAGCCAAGGAUUCCGAUCUGCUAAUCUCAUCUUCACAGUAGCAGAUUAAAAUCAUUGGCUAGCAAAUAUGAUGAUUUUCCCUCUGUACAGUAUUUUGCUAUGUUUGAUGCAUUAAAGGCACCUGAGAUGUAUAUUCAAUUUCCUUGCACCUGCUUGUUUACAUCAAUAAAUAUGUAGGAGAACAAUUAGACAGUAA